GUGUAACUUGCGCGUGUGAAGAACUCUGCGUGUGUGUGCGUGCGCGCGCGCGCAGCCCUUCACGCAACUCAACUGGCAACGGGAUUAGAGCGCAGCACAUGACGCCUCGGUCCCGUGAUCCGCCGAGAGAAGAAAAGAAAAGGAAAUAGGAAGGCGGCGCCGCGGAUUUAAUGGAUGCCUUAAGCAUCUUUAUUGAUCCCUCCGUCUCCGUCUCCUCCCGCCGCUCCCUGCUCGCGCUCCGCGCGUCAUGGCGUCGCCCCGCAUGGAGACCUUCUGCUGUCCGAACCGGGACUCGACCACUGCCUUCGUGCUCGGCUUCCAGCCGCGCGUCUUCAGCGCCCUGUGCGCGUGCAGCGCCGCCGUGAGUCUCGCGCUCGCCGUGCUGCAGGUGCUGCCCAAGCGCAGGGGCAGCCGGCGCCUCGGUCAGUACCCGGUGCCGAAGCCCGCGUCCUCCUCGCGCAUCCUCUUCAUCAUCAGCGUGUGCGACGUGCUCGGCUGCGCAGGCAUCAUCAUGAGGUCCUCCGUAUGGCUGGGCGUGCCGGACCUCAUCAGUGCAAUCUCGGUGCCGGAGAACCCGGACGUGUGGCCCGAGGUGUUCUGCGUGGGCAGCGCGAUGUGGAUCCAGCUGUUCUACAGCGCCUCCUUCUGGUGGACUUUCUGCUACGCCAUCGACGUCUACUUGGUUGUGAAACGGUCAGCUGGCAUCAGCACCAUCGUCUUGUAUCACAUGAUCACGUGGGGUCUGGCCGCCAUGCUGUGCGCCGAGGGCGUCGCCAUGCUCUACUACCCCUCUAUCUCAAGCUGUCAGAACGGGCUGCUCCACGCCGUGCCCCAUUACAUCACGACCUACGCACCCAUGCUGCUGGUUCUUCUCGUGAACCCAGUGCUCUUCUCCAGGACCGUCGCAGCUGUGACGUCGCUGUUAAAAGGCCGCCAGGGAAUCUACACUGAGAACGAGAGGCGGCUGGGAUCCGAGAUUAAAAUGCGAUUCUUCAAAAUCAUGCUGGUUUUCUCAGUGUGUUGGCUGCCCAACCUCGUCAACGAGAGUCUGCUCUUCUACCUGGAGAUGCAGGCAGACCUCACAGCCAGCAAUCUGAAGAACGUAAGGAACGCCGCCCUCAUCACAUGGUUCAUCAUGGGAAUCCUCAAUCCGAUGCAGGGGUUCCUCAACACGCUAGCCUUCCAUGGCUGGACGGGCUUUGACGUGGACUUCAGUGUUCGGCAGCGCAGGGAGGUCGUUUGGGACUCGGCCUCAACUUCUGGAACAGCCGCAGGUGUCUACAGCUCUGUUCUGGGCUCCACGGUGCUCUACCAGGGGCAUGUGCAGGAGGUGAAGAACUCAGCCAGCAAUGGCCAGCAACACCCUGAGACCAUCGGCAUCCUUUCCGAAGGUUCAGAGUCUAGUACAAUUGAAAUCCCCAUUUCCAGUGAGCGGAGAGGCACUGAGGAAGCAGAGGCAGAUGAAGAGUCUUUGGAGAGCCCAGCAAAGCAGUAACUGGAAACAGGCAUUACAGGCCUCCUUUCCUGCAUCCGCUGCACUGUACUUCCACUUCUUGUCCAAGUGUUCCUUUGUAGCUCCACUUCCUGUCUGUGUCCCGUUGUACUUCCUUUCUUCAUGCUCCACUGUGUCCACUUACGAGUGUAAUCGGUUAACUAGUCACGUGAUUCAAUGGUAACUUAGGUGGCUUCCCAUUUCCAACAUUAAUCCUCUUGUGACAAAUACACAAUCUAUAUUUUACAUCAAUAUAUUAGCCAUUUUCUUUCAUAGUCUAUUCGCACAUAAGCCUACCACAAUUAAUAGAUCCAUUAAUAGAUGGAUUAUGCAUAUACAUUAUAUUGAUGAAACUCCCCAAAGGCUACCUCAAAAUAUCGGAAAAAGACCAAGAUAACUGAUGGGAAAGAAUUUUGUAUAAACUCAUUAUAGGGAAGCUCAUUUUCAAUAUGAUAUUUUUCCACAUUAUUUCGAUGUAAAUGUGCUUCUCAUUAAUAUUCAAUUAUUAAAACAUGAUGAGAGGUAAAGGCAUGCAAAAUCCAAACACUGGGGGGCGGUUUACAAUAUGCCACUGCAGUCAACGUGGUAAUACAUGUAUUACAGCUUAGUUUAGAAUGCAAUGGAUGUACACUUGAAAUCUGAUCAUUCAGCUUUGAAUGUGUGGAUUGUGUAGUAAACAUUUUGUACAAAAUAAACAUAGA